GUCGAACUCGAACCCGAAUACCCGAUCCGCUCAUUCUCGAGAGAGGCGGUUAAACGCAAACCCUAAUUUCCCAACCCUAGGGUUUCUUCGUCUUCUUCCCCGGGCGUAGAGAGAGAAGCGAUCGAAGCAACCGACCUACCCCACCCCAACAAUGGCGGCGGCGACGCUCCCUGGUCCGACGAAGCUGCGGUGGGGAGAGCUCGACGAGGACGACGGGGGCGACGACUUCGACUUCCUCCUCCCGCCGCGCGUGGUCGAGGGCCCCGACGAGAACGGGGUGAAGCGCACGGUCGAGUACCGCUUCGACGACGAGGGGAACAAGGUCAAGGUCACCACCACCACGCGGGUGCGCAAGCUCGCCCGCGCCCGCCUCAGCAAGCGCGCGCUCGAGCGCCGCGCCUGGCCCAAGUUCGGCGACGCCGUGCGCGAGGACGUCGGAGCUCGCCUCACCAUGGUCUCCACCGAGGAGAUCGUCCUCGAGCGCCCCCGCGCCCCAGGCAGCAAACAAGAAGAAACAAGCAUGACAGGUGAUGCCCUAGCUGCAGCUGGGAAAGCUGGUGCCGUUCUCAUGGUAUGCAGAACCUGCGGCAGAAAGGGCGACCACUGGACUUCAAAGUGCCCCUACAAGGAUCUCGCCCCGCAAACCGACAACCUGCCUCCACCGGAGUUGGGACCUUCAGCCCCAGGAACCGGCAAAAGUACCUACGUGCCACCUGGCAUGCGAGGUGGCGGAGGAGAUAGAACUGGAACCGAGAUGAGGCGCCGGAACGACGAGAACUCCGUCCGAGUCACCAACCUUUCGGAGGAUACCCGCGAACCCGACCUGCUUGAACUCUUCCGUACGUUUGGUCCAGUCAGCCGUGUCUAUGUUGCGGUCGACCAGAAGACGGGGGUCAGUAGGGGGUUUGGCUUUGUCAAUUUCGUUCACAAGGAGGACGCCGAGAGGGCGAUUAAUAAGCUCAAUGGGUACGGUUAUGAUAAUCUUAUCCUUCGAGUCGAGUGGGCUACUCCGCGGCCUAACUGAAGUCGAGAUCGAAGCAAGUCUUCUUUGGACAGUUAAACAUAGUAUUUUGAGGAGUUUGGUUUUCCUACUGGCGCUAUUUAUCUUGUUAUGAGAUGUUCUUUUUUGUGUUUGAGAUGACUAUUUGGUUUGUGGGUCGAUGUUACUCUUUCAUAUUUCAUCUUCUCCGGUUAAAGAAGCAGCUUUAUAAUACAAGACAUCCUACAGUUAUUUCUUAUAAUUUAGGCCUUCCAUUAGAAUGUCGGAUUUGUCCUGCGCUAUGUUCAAAAACUCUCUUCUACUUUAUCAAGCAGUUUAGUUCGAUGCAUUGUAGCA